CCAACAGUCAGCCCGGGCCCGCCGCGGCGCCCGCGCAGGUGGCCAAGGCCGACUCGCCCAAGACCGCGCUGCCGCCGGCGCCCCCGCCGCCGCAGACCCUGGCGGCCAGCUGCCCGGCCGGCGCGGGGGCCGGCAUGAUCCUCGGGCCAACUAUGCAAGGGGCGCUGCCCGCCGCCGCCGGCCUCCCGCCGCCGGCCCCCGGCACCCCCACCGGGCUGCCCAAGGGCUCGGCCGGCGCGGUGACCCAGAGCCUGCCCAGGACGCCCUCGGCCCCCGCCAGCGGGAUCCGGGCCACGCUGACGCCCACGGUCCUCGCCCCUCGUCUGCCGCAGCCGCCUCAGAACCCGACCAACAUCCAGAACUUCCAGCUGCCCCCAGGUAUGGUCCUCGUGCGGAGCGAGAAUGGGCAGUUGUUAAUGAUUCCUCAGCAGGCCUUGGCCCAGAUGCAGGCCCAGGCCCAUGCCCAGGCCCAGCCUCAGACCACCAUGGCACCCCGUCCCGCAACCCCCACCAGCGCCCCUCCUGUCCAGAUCUCUACCGUCCAGGCACCUGGGACCCCUAUUAUUGCACGGCAGGUGACCCCAACGACCAUAAUUAAACAAGUGUCUCAGGCCCAGACGACGGUACAGCCCACCACAGCAUUACAACGCUCGCCCGGAGUGCAGCCUCAGCUUGUUCUGGGCGGUGCUGCCCAGACAGCUUCCCUCGGGACGGCCACGGCUGUUCAGACGGGGACACCUCAGCGAACGGUCCCAGGGGCCACCACCACCUCCACAGCUGCCACGGAAACUAUGGAAAACGUGAAGAAAUGUAAAAAUUUUCUAUCUACGUUAAUAAAACUGGCUUCAUCUGGUAAACAGUCUACAGAGACGGCCGCUAAUGUGAAAGAACUAGUACAGAAUCUACUGGAUGGAAAAAUCGAAGCAGAAGAUUUCACUAGUAGGUUAUACCGAGAACUUAAUUCUUCACCUCAACCUUACCUUGUGCCUUUCCUGAAGAGGAGCUUGCCCGCCUUGAGACAGCUGACCCCCGACUCCGCAGCCUUCAUCCAGCAGAGCCAGCAGCAGCCGCCGCCCGCCUCACAGGCUACCACCGCGCUCACGGCCGUGGUGCUGAGCAGCUCGGUGCAGCGCACAGCCGGGAAGACGGCAGCCACCGUGACCAGCGCCCUCCAGCCCCCUGUCAUCAGCCUCACGCAGCCCACACAGGUUGGCGUUGGCAAGCAGGGGCAGCCCACGCCACUGGUGAUCCAGCAGCCGCCCAAGCCUGGAGCGCUGAUCCGCCCCCCGCAGGUGACGUUGACGCAGACGCCGAUGGUGGCCCUACGGCAGCCACACAACCGCAUCGUGCUCACUACACCCCAGCAAAUUCAGCUGAACCAGCUGCAGCCAGUCCCUGUGGUGAAACCUGCUGUGUUACCCGGAACCAAAGCUCUUUCUACUGUAUCGGCACAAGCCGCUGCUGCUCAGAAAAAUAAACUCAAGGAGCCCGGGGGAGGCUCAUUUCGGGACGAUGAUGACAUUAAUGAUGUUGCGUCGAUGGCUGGAGUAAAUCUAUCAGAAGAAAGUGCGAGAAUAUUAGCCACAAACUCUGAGUUAGUGGGCACCCUAACGCGGUCCUGUAAAGAUGAAACCUUCCUCCUCCCAGCGCCUUUACAAAGAAGAAUAUUAGAAAUAGGUAAAAAGCACGGCAUAACGGAAUUGCAUCCAGACGUGGUCAGCUACGUGUCACACGCCACACAGCAGAGGCUGCAGAGCCUUGUAGAGAAAAUAUCAGAGACGGCUCAGCAGAAGAACUUCUCUUACAAGGAUGAUGACAGAUAUGAGCAGGCAAGUGAUGUUCGGGCUCAGCUCAAGUUUUUCGAACAGCUUGAUCAAAUUGAAAAACAGAGGAAAGAUGAACAGGAAAGAGAAAUUUUAAUGCGAGCAGCAAAGUCUCGAUCCAGACAAGAAGACCCAGAACAAUUAAGGUUGAAACAGAAGGCAAAAGAGAUGCAGCAACAAGAACUGGCGCAGAUGAGGCAGCGAGAUGCCAACCUCACAGCACUAGCCGCGAUCGGGCCCAGGAAAAAGAGGAAAGUGGACUCUCCAGGCCCGGGCUCGGGCACAGAGGGCGCGGGCCCGGGCUCGGCGGUCCCAGGCAGCUCCGGCGUCGGAACCCCCAGACAGUUCACGCGGCAAAGGAUCACGCGGGUCAACCUCAGGGACCUCAUAUUUUGUUUAGAAAAUGAGCGUGAGACAAGCCAUUCACUGUUGCUCUACAAAGCAUUCCUUAAGUAGCACAGGACGGGCGGCAUCUGAGACGGAGACGCCUGGGGACGUUUUUAUAUAUUUGCAGACUACGCCUUUUUGUAACAAGCAAAUGGGAUAUUGUUUAAAAAACAGCCACCUCUUUACAAUGGAACAGUUUUAUAUUCCUGUUUCUAAGUCAACUCUUCAGUAUGGAAGAAAACACGUUUCUGUAACAGAGCGUACAGAGCUGUGGGUACUCUUAAAGGACAAUUAAAUCUUAACUCAUCUUUGAUUGAGUGGCCUUCUUGCCAAACAAGCCAUAUAUAAAAACUGAUGGAAUCGUUUAGCAAAUAACUAGCUGCCCUCUGUCACUUCCUAGUGGUUUCUUCAUUAUUUGUGCAUUUGGUUUAGUUCAACCCAACUUACUACGUAGGUGUGUGUCUACAGCCAAUGACCUCAUUUCAUUUAUUUUAUUUUUGUAUUAGUCAGUUGGCAAAGCAAACUGAUUUUUUAGACUAUUUAUCUGCCUUCCUCUCCCCUCCCCUCCGUUCAGAAUUCUCGAGGAUACACAAUUCAUCAUAAUGCCCUGGCCUCGGAAUUUGAUCACUUUUCUGCUUAGUUGAGCCCGUGAUGGUGGGCUCCUUCUGAAUGUGUGGUCAGCAUCUGUACAAAUGCAUUUUAUUUGCUAUAGUUUGUAAAGCUGUAAAGUUAAAAGAAAUGGAAACCUUUUCAGCAUAAAUAUAUUUUACUUGCACUGUGUUUUUUAGCUAAAAGUGAAAACUUAGAUGAAAUAAAAUCAAAGUUGAGAAGAAUCAUCAAAAGACUGUUUCUCAGUGUGAAUCAAGUGUUGAAAAAUGGUUGGUGUAUUUUGUCAGUAAUUGUACAUAAUUUUUGGCACAUAACAUAAAAAUGGCUCUGUAAACUAUAAUUAUUUUGCUAAGAGACUGUAUGCAAGCUGUGGGCCAACUUUACAGAUGUCCAGAGCAAAGCCCCUUCUUUGUACCUAUUUUUUUAUUGCAAAUAUACUAAUUGGUUCUUUAUAUUUUCAGAGGUUAUUGUAUUAAAUUGUCUAUUGAUAGUACUUUUAUGACUGUAAAUACCUGGGCUUUCUCGUGUGAACUCUCACGUUAGACUUUAAUUGGCGCGAGUGUGAACUGAAUGCUGAUCAGUAUUUUUUAUCAACACCUGAAAACUGUUACACCUUUUAUUUUGUCUUUUAGGAAAUCCCUGUCUUUCCAUUUUUUCAUGUAAAUUUUGCACAGUUACUUGUUCAUAUGUAAAUAUUUUACUUUCAAAAAUGAAGUUUUUAAUUGC